GCCUGUCCUCUGGCCCAUUUAAAUUAGCUCCGUGGCACUGGCCUGCAGGCGGAGCAAACAGCAGUGAAGGCUAGGACGAGGAAAGGCUAUUGGGUUCGGUGCCUGGGGGACAGCUGAGGUCAGGCCAGUCACCCUCCUUCCAAGGUGGCUCCCUGCAACCGGGGGCUAAACUUCCUCUGGCUUGGGCUGGCGUGAUGCGGCUCCGCAGCACCGUCCCAUCUGUACCUCUUCCCCUGCUGUGGGGGAAGGCUCAGCCCUCGGUUGAGACUCUGACCUGUGCCAGCCUGCAUGAAUGGCCUGGACUUGGUCGGCCCCCCCACUCCAGCCGGAGCUGGGGGUGGGGAGUGACCCAGGGCCCUGGUCUUCACCCCCACCCCCGCAAGCGGGCUGAGAGCAUGGGACUUAAUUCUCACCCUGCUCACAGGGAGGCAGUCGCCAGCACUGGGAAUCAGGACGCCUGGGGUCUAUUCAUGCCUUGGGCAAGUCAUGUCUCUCUGUGCCUCAGUUUCCCCACCCCUUCACUAAUGAUUCAGACUGGGAGCACAAUGGGGCCCGGAUUUCACCUGCUACCGUAAUACACACCAUAAGCACAACACUCGUAACGCCAGACCUGACCCCCGUCCCUCACGCUGGGUCUUUGCAGCACCCGGCCCAAUGAAGCCUCAUUGUGGGAAGGGUGGGCCCCAGGUGCUGCCCUAACACCAGUGCCAAGGCCCGUAGGAACAUCGCCCCUGGGGAACUGGCACAGGACGGCUGGGGUUCCCGGCUCCCCGCCCUCUGCUCAGCCUGCCCCGCUCUGAGCAGAGCUUGCAGAUCCCAGCGCAGCUCCGGGGAACUGGCUCCGUGGGGGAGCGGGCAGAGCCCGGGAUCUGGCCUUGGUAACCACAGAAUCCGAAACACAAAUGCCACAGCCUCCCCCGUGCACAGGGUCGAGGGGCCCCGCCACAAUACUUAGGAAUGAGGAAGCCAGUCCCUCCCCUGCCUGCUGCACCCCCUCUGCCCCCCUCUUUUGCUUUCUGCCGUGCUGAGCCAGCCGCCCACGGUCAGGCAGGGACGCGCCCCUCCUCAGCAAACAAAGCCCCAGGAUGGCACCCAUCUGUCAUCUGGGCAAGGCUCUCUGGAGAGCUGCACCUCCUGGGGGAAAGGGCACAGGGAGGAGCCGUGCCCAGCCCUCCCCUGGUCUCCUGCAGCGAGUCCCCUCCUCUGCUCCCCCAGACCCAGAUCCCCUGCCUUGUGCCAGCACCCCAGCUCCAAGCCAGGUCACCUGCUACCCAUGUGCUGGCUCCAAUGAUGGCUGGACCUUCGCCUCCAGCUGGACAUGCGGCCCAGUGCCCGGCCCUUUGCCUUUCCUAAGCUGCAGGUGCCCCCUGAGCCCGGGACUCUGGGAUCAGCUGCUCUCAUGGUGGGGGAGAAAUGUGGGCACGGAGAGGGAAAAGGAUCGGCCCAAAGCAGGGCUGCCAAUUUUGGCUGGACGUAUUCCUGGAGGUCUCGUCACACGCCAUUAAAGGUGACCCUAAUUCCUGAAGACUCCAGGACAAUCCUGGAAGAUUGGCAACCCUAGGCCUAAGCCAAGGGGGGUGGCGCAGCUGAGUCCUGCCCAGCGCCACCCCCAUUCCCCCAAUCUAAGCUGUCAGCCCUGGGAGUGGGUCAAUGGAAAAUCUGUGAGCAAGAGCUGGGGAUAGAACCCAGGAGUCCUGGCUCCCAGCCCCCCUGCUCUAACCACUAGACCCCCACAUCCCCACCCCACUCUGCAGGGCCCAGUCACCACAAGGGGGAUGUCACCAGGAACGCGAGGGGAAACCAACUGGCCCAGCUCCAUGGUUACAGAGCACAUGUGACACUGGACAGGGGAUCUGCUCCAGUCACGUUGUGGGGUGAACAAUUCCAGAAUAGAACCCAGGAGUCCUGGCUCCAGCCCCCCACCCCGCUUUAACCACCGGACCCCAAUCCCUCCUACAGCUGGGGAUGGAACCCAGGAGUCCGGACUCUCAACCCCUUUUGCCCUAACCCAUCUCCUACCAGACUAGGAAUGGGACCCAGGAGUCCUGCCUCCCAGCCCUCCCCGUCCCCAGCUUCAACCACUAGAUCAUCAGAAAUCUGGCUUUGCCAUUUCCACUCAAAAUGAGGAUUCUCCACGGAACUGGGUGCGGCUGGGCAGGGCGACACCUCUCCUGGGCAGGUGGGCGGAGGCCGGCCGAGUGGCCUGGCCGUCCCGCCUCCCAAUCCAGGACUAUAAACCCCCUUCCCUCCGCUUGCUCCUCUCCCCGUGCUCCGCCCUGCCCAUUCGCUGCACAGGGAGAGACCCCAGCGCCCCGAUGGCCUACGUCCCUGCACCCGGCUACCAGCCCAUCUACAACCCGCCCCUCCCUCAUGCCACCCCCAUCGUCGGGGGGCUGCGGCCCGGGAUGUCCAUCUACGUUCAGGGCACGGUGCCCCAUCACACCAAGAGGUUCCGCGUGAAUUUCUCCUGCGGCCCGCAGAAGGGGGCCGAUAUCGCCCUGCACUUCAACCCCCGCUUCGACAGCGGGGACAAGAUCGUCCUCAACAGCUUCCAGCAGGGCAAGUGGGCCAAGGAGGAGCAUGAGCACAACAUGCCCUUCCACGAGGGGGAGCCCUUCGAGCUGCUCUUCACCAUCACCCCCGAGGGCUACCAGAUCAUGGUGAACAGGACCCCCUGCUGCGAGUUCCGGCACCGCAUCCCACCCGAGCGCGUGCAGGUCGUCGAAGCGGACGGGGACCUCGAGUUGCAGUCGCUCAAUGUCAUCGGAGGGGGCAUGAUGGGGGGCGGGGGGUUGUAUUACCCGCAACCCGGGAUGCUUGGCAUGCAGCCAAAUAUGCCUCCGCCACCCACAAGCCUGCCGAUGAUGGCUGGCCCUGCUUCCUUUCACCCGCAAGUCCCCUACGUGGCUAACUUCCCAGGCGGGCUGACAUCCAAGAAGACAGUGGUGGUGAAAGGAUUAGUCCCGCAGGGCGCUAAGAGCUUCAGAAUCAACUUCAAGAUGGGCUACUCCAAGGAUAUCGCCCUGCAUAUUAACCCUCGCCUGAACGAGAAGACCGUGGUCAGGAACAGCCUCCUGAACGGGCAGUGGGGCUCAGAGGAGCGAGAGCUGCCUCACAACCCCUUCCAGCCCGGCCAGUACUUUGAUCUCUCCAUCCGCUGUGGGAACAGACGUUUCAAGGUCUUCGCCAACGGGCAGCCGCUAUUCAACUACAACCACCGUUUCCACAACUUCCAGCAGAUCGACACGCUGGAGAUCAACGGCGACGUGGUCCUGUCCUACGUCCAGUUCUGAGCCGCCCAGCACGGGAGGGACACACAACGCUG